GUGUUGCAUGCUUGCUACACAAAAGUGUUACCCUCUGUACCGGUCAAUAACCCUCAACUUGUAGCAUGGUCGGAUUCAGUGGCGGAGUUACUUGAAUUAGAUCCUAAAGAAUUUGAGAGGCCUGAUUUUCCCCUUAUAUUCUCAGGGGCAUCACCGUUGGUGGGAGCGAUAUCUUAUGCCCAAAAUUAUGGAGGACAUCAAUUUGGCACGUGGGCCGGUCAGUUAGGGGAUGGUAGGGCAAUUACUCUUGGAGAAAUUUUGAAUUCAAAGUCACAAAGGUGGGAGCUGCAGCUUAAGGGUGCUGGAAAGACCCCCUAUAGUCGUUUUGCUGAUGGUCUUGCAGUGCUUCGUAGUAGCAUCCGAGAAUUCCUUUGCAGUGAAGCAAUGCAUGGUCUUGGAAUCCCAACAACACAAGCACUUUGUCUUGUGACGACUGGAAAAGAUGUCUUGAGGGAUAUGUUUUAUGAUGGAAAUCCCAAAAAUGAACCUGGUGCAAUAGUCUGCAGAGUUGCUCAAUCCUUUCUGCGUUUUGGUUCCUAUCAACUGCAUGCUUCUAGAGGUAAAAGGGAUUUUGAGAUCGUUUGUGCUUUGGCAGACUAUGCCAUUAGAUAUCACUUCCCCCAUUUGGAGAAUAGGACUAGGAGCGAAGGCAUAUCACUCAACGCAGGCGAGGAAAACAAUUCAGCUGUGGAUUUAACGUCAAACAAGUAUGCAGCGUGGGCAGUGGAAGUUGCUGAGAGAACUGCUUCCACGAUUGCCAGAUGGCAGGAUGUUGGUUUCACACAUGGAGUGAUGAACACUGAUAACAUGAGCGUGUUAGGCCUCACUAUUGACUAUGGCCCCUUCGGAUUUUUAGAUGCUUUUGAUCCCAGUUAUACACCAAAUACCACUGAUCUUCCUGGAAGAAGAUAUUGUUUUGCAAAUCAGCCAGAUGUAGGUUUAUGGAAUAUUGCACAGUUUACCGCUGCUCUAUCUACUGCCGAGUUGCUAAGUGAUGAGGAGGCAGAUUAUGUCAUGGAAAGAUAUGGUAACAAAUUCAUGGAUGAUUAUCAAGAUAUCAUGACCAGGAAACUUGGUCUGGCGAAUUACAAUCAGAAGUUGAUUAGUGAACUACUCAAGAAUAUGGCCAUCGAUAAAGUUGAUUACACAAAUUUCUUUCGAUCUCUAUCAAAUAUCAAAGCUGAUCCUGCAAUUCCAGAGGAUAAAUUAUUGAUUCCUCUUAAAGCUGUGCUCCUAGAUAUUGGUAUGGAACGCAAUGAAGCAUGGACAAGCUGGGUAAAGUGGUAUAUACAUGAGGCACCAGUAAUGCAAGUAGAAACGGAGAGCAGUUUCCAUCCAUAGAAAGAUAUUCAAAACACACUUGCCUUAUUCGUCAAGGCUUCCACAGCUCCCUUCCCCCGUUGGGUCUAAAAAAGAAGACGACAAAGGAAAUAUUGAAAAGUAGACGUAAGCAAUGGGUGCGAAGUAGUUGUAACACCAUUCUUGAAUGACAUUGAAAACAACUCAUAUGUUCUCAUCUUGUGAAACGGUGUCAUAUUGGCGUCCAGCUUCUUCCCCUUCUAUAUUCCAUCUUGUGCUCUAUUUGUGCUGUGGCAGAGACAUCCUUCUACAAGUCGUGUCAUCCAAUACCUCUUUGUUGAAAAAAAUCAUUAUAUUUAUACGUAAAUAAUAUUCACAAUAGGCUGAUGCAACUUGAGAGUGGUGGUAAAGCAUCAAGAAGUAAAGCCUUGUAACUUCCACAACUUAGAUUCUUAACUCAUUUGCAAAUUGAGUAGUUGAGUUGUGACAAUAGACGGACACUGCUUGCGUAAAAUCCUGCUUACACCAGUGGCUUGAGCAGUUGAUUUGUGUAGACUCUUCUGGGAAUCAUCAAGUUUCUCUAUUGUUUCUGAGGUACUUAAGGUGUCACUUUUCUACUUCUUGCAGCUCUCUACAACUGGUGUAUCAGAUGAAGAGAGGAAAAUUUCAAUGAAUUCCAUAAAUCCAAAGUACAUCCUCAGAAACUAUCUAUGCCAGAGUGCCAUCGAUGCUGCAGAGAAAGGCGAUUUUGGGGAGGUUUGGCAGCUAUUGAAGGUUAUGCAAUGUCCAUUUGAUGAACAACCUGGCAUGGAUAAAUACGCACAAUUGCCUCCAGCUUGGGCUUCUCGUCCGGGUGUAUGCAUGCUUUCUUGUUCCUCAUAAGUUUUCGAGGUGUAUGCAUUUGCUUUCUUGUUCCUCUUAAGAUUUCCGCUAUGUAAUAUACAAGAGUUUAACUUGUAUAUAAUAGAAAUCAUUUCUUUCAUUCUUGUAUUAAUGUGUAAAAAGUACGUAACAGUUUGUAUUGUAAGUGGCAAGAGUGGCCUCGAGCCACAAUAUAGGGAGAUUCAGCUCCAGUAGCAUUUUCACA